AUGGUUAACUUCACAAUGGCUGACAAGAAAAGUGGUACGUUUUUAAUUAAUAACGUAUUGUCAUAUGUAGUAUUUUAGAUGAAAAGUAAUAUAAAUUAUUUCAAAACAAACUAUAAAAGAUGACAUUAUAAUAUUUUUUAGAAAUAAUCGACAAAAUAAAGGCGUUGGCUUCAAAAGACAAUAAUAAGAUCAACGAUUUCUUCAAAGAGAACUCAGGACAAUCGAUGGACGACCUCAUGGAUAACAUGAAGAAUGAACUUCCAGAUUUGGGUGAUUUGAUCGACCAGAUGAUGGACAAGUUCAAGGAUCUUGAAGGAAAGGCUGAUGAAUUCCAGAAGCAGUUGGAUGAUCAGUUAAACAAACUUAAAGAAAGAAACUGA